UUAUGCGGUAGAGGCGGCCCGGUCUCUUUAAGGCCCUGCUGCGCCUGCGCUUUCGGCUCUCCUGACGCGGCCGGGACGGACCCCGGGGGAGCUGGCGUGCAGGCAGGCUGGGGGUCGGGUGGGAGUUGAGACAGCCGCAGCGUCCGCAGGGCUGGGUGAGGGUGUAGGGCGGCCCUGAGCUCCUGAGUGAGCGCGGCGCUCGAGAGAGGACGCGGAAGGCGGCCCGCGGAGCCGGGAGCGGGGCCGAGGCGCUGAGACGCGGCGGCGCGGCUGCCGGCUGGAUGGGAAGUUAAUGUUUACAGCGGAGUCCACCCAACGUUUCCAAGGUGGCGACAGAAAAGGUUGCAGAAAAGCUGAGUUCUACUCUCUCAUGGGUGAAGAACACAGUAUCACAUACAGUCAGUCAAAUGGCCAGUCAGGUGGCAAGUCCAUCUACUUCGUUACACACUACAUCCUCCUCUACCACACUAUCAACACCAGCCCUUUCACCAUCUUCCCCAUCACAGUUGAGUCCAGACGACUUAGAACUCCUGGCUAAACUGGAGGAACAAAAUAGAUUGUUAGAGACGGAUAGUAAGUCUUUAAGAUCUGUGAAUGGGUCAAGAAGAAACAGUGGCUCCUCCCUUGUAUCAAGUUCAUCGGCCUCUAGCAACCUCAGUCACCUUGAAGAAGAUUCUUGGAUUCUUUGGGGAAGAAUUGUUAAUGAAUGGGAAGAUGUGCGCAAAAAGAAGGAGAAGCAAGUUAAGGAACUUGUUCGUAAAGGGAUACCCCACCACUUCAGAGCAAUAGUUUGGCAACUUUUGUGCAGUGCACAGAGUAUGCCAAUUAAGGAUCAGUAUUCAGAACUCCUGAAAAUGACUUCACCUUGUGAAAAAUUGAUCCGAAGGGACAUUGCUAGAACUUAUCCUGAACAUAAUUUUUUUAAGGAAAAAGAUAGCCUUGGGCAGGAGGUUUUAUUUAAUGUAAUGAAGGCAUAUUCUUUAGUGGAUCGUGAGGUUGGUUACUGUCAAGGAAGUGCUUUUAUAGUUGGAUUGUUGCUUAUGCAGAUGCCAGAAGAAGAAGCUUUCUGUGUAUUUGUUAAAUUAAUGCAAGAUUAUAGACUUCGUGAACUUUUUAAACCAAGUAUGGCAGAGUUGGGCCUUUGUAUGUACCAGUUUGAAUGCAUGAUACAGGAACAUCUUCCAGAACUCUUUGCACAUUUUCAGUCUCAGAGUUUUCAUACCUCAAUGUAUGCAUCAUCCUGGUUUCUGACUAUCUUUCUUACAACUUUUCCACUACCAAUUGCGACAAGGAUAUUUGAUAUCUUUAUGUCUGAGGGUUUAGAAAUAGUGUUUCGAGUAGGAUUAGCGCUUCUUCAAAUGAAUCAGGCAGAACUGAUGCAACUCGACAUGGAAGGGAUGUUACAGCACUUUCAGAAGGUCAUUCCACAUCAGUUUGACGGUGGUCCAGACAAAUUAAUACAGGCAGCUUACCAAGUCAAAUAUAAUUCAAAAAAAAUGAAAAAGCUUGAAAAGGAAUACACUACAAUAAAAACUAAGGAAAUGGAAGAGCAAGUUGAAAUUAAAAGGUUACGCACAGAAAAUAGACUUUUAAAACAGCGCAUUGAAACAUUAGAAAAAGAAAGUGCUUCCUUGGCAGAUAGAUUGAUACAGGGACAAGUGACAAGAGCCCAGGAGGCUGAGGAAAACUACCUCAUAAAACGGGAGUUGGCCACCAUCAAACAGCAGAGUGAUGAGGCCAGUGCUAAACUGGAGCGAGCUGAAAAUACCAUCAGGAAGCUCCAGCACCAGCAACAAUGGCAUAAAUGUGGUUCCAACUACAAUGAAGAUUUUGUGCUGCAGCUAGAGAAGGAAUUGGUCCAAGCCCGUCUGAGUGAAGCUGAGUCUCAGUGUGCACUAAAAGAGAUGCAGGAUAAAGUCCUGGACAUAGAGAAGAGAAACAACUCCUUUCCUGAUGAGAAUAACAUCGCAAGGCUUCAGGAAGAACUCAUUGCUGUGAAACUGAGAGAAGCAGAAGCUAUUAUGGGUUUGAAAGAACUUAGACAACAAGUCAAGGAUUUAGAGGAACACUGGCAGCGCCACUUAGCUCGUACUACUGGGAGAUGGAAAGACCCACCUAAGAAAAAUGCUGUGAAUGAGUUACAAGAUGAACUGAUGAGCAUUCGACUUAGAGAAGCUGAAACACAGGCAGAAAUAAGAGAAAUAAAACAAAGGAUGAUGGAAAUGGAGACGCAGAACCAGAUCAAUAGUAACCAUCUUCGAAGAGCAGAGCAAGAGGUGAUCAGUCUACAGGAGAAAGUGCAGUAUCUUUCUGCACAGAACAAAGGACUACUUACUCAAUUAAGUGAAGCAAGGCGCAAACAAGCAGAGAUUGAGUGCAAGAAUAAGGAGGAGGUGAUGGCUGUGAGGCUGCGGGAAGCGGACGGCAUGGCUGCUGUGGCUGAGCUGCAGCAGCACAUUGCUGAGCUCGAAAUCCAGAAAGAAGAAGGAAAGCUUCAAGGACAACUUAACAAGUCUGAUUCUAACCAGUAUAUUAGGGAACUGAAAGAUCAGAUAGCAGAGCUGAAUCAUGAGCUCAGGUCCCUAAAAGGCCAGAGGGGCUUCUCAGGCCAAUCCUCUUUUGAUGGAAUCCACAUUGUCAACCAUUUAAUAGGAGAUGACGAAUCAUUCCAUUCCUCUGAUGAAGAUUUUAUAGAUAAUCCCUUACGGGAAAGUGGUGUUGGUUUUCCUUUGCACAGAAAAUCUGGCCCAAUGUCUUUGGACUGCGCUGUGGCAGAUGGUAGUGAAAGCGAAACAGAAGACAGUGUGCUGGAGACCAGAGAGAGGAAUCGAGUGGCUCAAAAGGAGCGGCCCCCAAGAAGAAGAGAGUCGUACUCAACCACUGUCUGACCAUCACUGUGACCUAGACUGUGGAUUUUUUUAAGGGAUCAGUUAUCAUAUGAUUAAGGGUUUUUGGAACAUAUCUGUUUCAUAUGUACAUAUAUACAUAUAUAUUUUAUCUUAUCUGCCUUUUUAUCUUUGCCAAAUCUUCACCACUGACUUACCAUUGCCAUAAAAUAGACUGGAAUAUGGUUAAUGGGAAAAAUAAGGUUCUAACAGUGUUACUGAAUAUUAAUGUUUCUUGUUUAGAAUAUGCAAUUAUAUCUAUAUGUGGGAACCAUUUUGAAGUAUGGAAAAUAGAAUUUUCUUCAGACAAAACUGCUCUUGUGCAAUAUUUUAUGCUCAGUGAACAAAUUGUAUAUUUAUGUUGUUCAGUUUGUUUUCAGGGCAGCUGUCUACAAACAUUUGACCAGACAUACGUCUGAUUUAUCUUGUAUUUUUAUGUUUGGGGGAUUUUUUUUUUCAAUUAAAAUUAUAGUCAUGUGCUGCAUAACGACAUUUCGGUCAACAACAGACGGCAUAUACAAUGGUGGUCCCAUGAGAUCAGUACCUUACAACCUAGAUGUGUAGUAGGCUAUACCAUCUAGGUUUGUAUAAGUAAGUUGUAUGAUGUUCUCACAACAACAAAAUCGCCUGACUACACAUUUCUUAGAACGUAUCCCCAUCGUUAAGCAAUGCAUGACUGUACUGCUUUAUUAGUGGGCCGCUGAAAGUUCCCAAACACAAAGCCUUUUUUCCAUAUAAUUUUAUAAAUACAAAUUAAUGGUUAUCUGUCUUGAGAGUUUUAAGUUUUUUUUAAUUUCUAAUUUUUAUGUGCAUAUGAUGCUUCCAUGUGUUGCCUACCAGUCAGAGUAGUAGAUUAACUACAAAUAUAUUUUUUGUACAUAUUUGUAAAUCUACAUCAGCCAACAUUGAACAUUAUUUUAUAUGGAGAAUGUACAUGUUGCAAAAUGACUGCCUUCAGCAUUCUAACAAGACUUCUAUAAAUAAUAGGUUAAAAGAAAAUUGAAAAUAAAACCAAACACUAAUAUUUUAAUAGCUUUAGUAUUUUGCUUAGCAUUCAACACUAGCAGAUUCAUAACUUAACUGAUGCUUGGUCAAAAACACUAUUGGUAAAAUCUUUUACUUCAUGUGUAACUAAUAAAUUUUUCGUGAGGUUAUAGCACGUAUUAUAUUACCUAGUGCUAAUAUUCUAUGUAAUAUAAUUUAAGCAAUGGACUGAGGUCCAAGAUACACAACAGUUGUAUCUGCAAAUAAUCUAUGAACAUUAUCUUCAGAUUCUCUAGUUACUAAUCUAUAGAUAAAGCCAUAAGAAUUCUUUCCUACCAAUUCUUCCUUUUUUAUCAUCUAGACUUUUUUCCCUAGAAAACUGAAUGCCUGUCAUUAAUAAAUUGGAAGAAACACCCAAAUUACACUUAUACUAUGGAAAGACGACAAGAAUGUGUUGACUGGAUGCUUUCCACUCAUAUUUUCAUCAGCAGCCUAUGAAAAAAAAUAGCCUUUGAGGAUAAGAGGAAGGUAGAAUUCAGUAUAUAAGGAGGUACAAUUUUGCACAAUAUGUUGCAUGCA